AUGCGAAGAGUCUGGCCCAUAAUGCCGUCUGCUUCUUACCCAUGGAAAUUUGCGCCUCUGAACCGGCCUUUCUCCCCUCGGCCAGAGGUGCGCAAGUUAGAGGGCAUCGUGUUUGACAUGGAUGGCACAUUAUGUGAACCCCAAAACUACAUGUUCGCCGAGAUGCGCAGCGCCCUCGACAUCUCCAAAGCGACCGACAUCCUCGAGCAUGUCUACUCCCUCCCCACCUCGGAGCAGCAACAGCACGCCAUGGGCCUCAUCCGCGCCAUUGAGAGCCGCGCCAUGGUGUCCCAAGUCGCCCAGCCGGGCCUAGUCGAGUUAAUGGCCUACCUUGACACCCGCAACAUCCGCAAAGGCAUCUGCACGCGCAAUUUCGAUGCCCCCGUGCAGAAUCUCCUCACCAAGUUUCUGACGGGGACUACGUUUGGGCCGAUUGUCACGCGCGAAUUUCGCCCGCCAAAGCCUGAUCCAGCGGGGAUUCUGCAUAUCGCGCGCAGCUGGGGGCUGGUGCGGAAGAGUACUGGUGAAGCGGGUGUGCCGGCUUACUUUGUGGAAGGAGAGAGUGAGGGGAAGGGAGGGUCGCAAGAUGUUGCCGACGAGCCAAGGUUGCAGAAGACGGAGGUCGGUGAAGAGGUUGCUGAUGCCAGUGGGCUCAUUAUGGUGGGUGAUAGUAUUGACGACAUCACCGCAGGGCGUCGGGCGGGAGCCAGGACAGUCUUGUUGGUGAAUGAUGUGAAUCGGCAUUUGGUGACGCAUGAGAACACCGACCUAGUAAUCUCACGCCUCGACGAGCUGAUUGAUAUCCUUGAAAACGGCAAGCUCUGA